AUGUACUCAUCCACUUCAAUCGCCAACUACUUAUCUUCUAUCCUCACCAGAACUGCCACAACAGCCGCCACAACAAAUGGAUCGCCAAACCCACAACAACAAAACGAGCAAGACUCCACACCCAUUCCAAAAUCAUUCAUCAUAAGCACACCAGAGGAGAAAAUCAUACGUAUUAACAUGAAGAGCGUGAAGCUUAAACCAGAGGAGGGCAAAAACAAAAGCCAAAACACCAGCAAUGGCAAUGGUAAUACCAUGGAAGACGCGGAUAUCGAUGUCGACGACGAAGACUUCAUAUCUAUAAACAAAAGACAAUUGACUUAUGCAGAAGUAGCUUCGAUUGCGGUCAAACUGGCAAAUAAGUAG